GCCUGCCCCCGCCACCCACGGCCACCCCCUCUUCCCGUCCCACGUUGCGUAUACGCAAACACAAAAACCGAAAGCGAAUGCACCCAAAGCCGCAGUAUCCAUUCGCACGUCACGUGGCAACAAUCAUGUCUUAAAGGCUGCUGCACUCGAAAUCGAAUAGUAUGGAACGCGGCUGGGUCUUCUAUAUAGUGCUGGUGAUACUGCUAGUGAUUUGUGGCACUGUCUUGAUCGGGGGUCAGAGUUCGCCGCUUAUAGACUCGGUUUGCCAGGCGGUACAGAGGCAGCAGCUCGAAUGUCAAGUGCAUCGCGUGGAGACCGCCGAUGGAUAUCUGUUGAGUGUGCACCGAAUUCCCGCCCCCCGGAAUCCCAGGUGUCCCCAGCAUCUGCGCCCCUUUGUCCUGAUGCACGGCCUCCUUGGCUCCGCCGGCGAUUUUGUGGCGGGCGGCAGGGGAAGAUCCCUGGCUCUGGAGCUGCAUGCCCGCUGCUUUGAUGUCUGGCUGGGAAAUGCCAGGGGCACCACCCACUCCCGCGGCCACCGCACCCUGCCCACGAGCGAUGCCCGCUUCUGGCAGUUCAGCUGGCAUGAGAUUGGCAUCUACGACCUGCCCGCCAUCGUGGAUUACGUGCUGGCGAGGACGAACCGCCGGCAGGUGCACUACGUCGGCCACUCGCAGGGCACCACUGUGCUCCUGGUCCUGCUGUCUCAGCGCCCGGAGUACAAUGCGCGGUUCGCCAAUGCGGCUCUGAUGGCUCCGGUGGCCUUUCUCCAGCACCUGAGCAGUCCGCCGCUGCGAUUGCUGGCCAGUGACAGUGCCGCGGUCACGCUGCUGCUGAACAAACUUGGCCUCCACGAACUGCUGCCGGCGACGUCGCUGACCCAGGUGGGCAGCCAGUUCUUCUGCACCGCCUCCCGACCCACCUACGCCCUCUGCACCCUCUUCACCUCCCUCUACGUGGGCUUCAGCGACUAUCCAUUGGAUCGUUGCCAACGGAUGCCAGUAAACAACAAAUUCUCGAAGCUACUGCCACUUGACACAAGAGUCGCAUCUACAUAUAUCUGUGCGAGAGUCAUAACUUCCAUAAAAAGCCAACAAGCCGAAACCAGCAGCGAAAAAUUGUUAAGCAAAUACAGUGAAAAGACGCCGAGCUUGAGCAAAUGGAGCGAGGCGAUACUUGCGACAACUGCCGAACAUGCCACGCCACACAGAUAGAAGUCCGAAUAAAUAUUUGUGCAUAUUUAGUAACCCCUAGAACCCCAGAAAAACCCCUGGAAUGUCACCCACGACCCUCGCAAAGUUCAACACUCUUGGAGAACUGCACUGCGUCGAAUAAGAUUCGAGCUGAAACACAAAAAAAAUACAAAAAAUUCGAGAUGUAAGAAAAAUAAAUGCAAGGGAUGGCAAGAAAAAAGAAAAACUCCGAGAAACACAAACAAGCUGGCGGCACAAAAUUGCCAGUAUUUGCCACAAGUUGCUGGCUGGCUGCAAAAAGGAAACAAAGCUGAGAAAAAAUGGGGAAUUGCAACGGCCAGGCGGAAAAUCAAAUAAACAUCAAAACAAAAAAAUAUAUGUCGCCGCAGGACGCAUGCAACGUUUCAAUGGUUUGUCAUGGCAAUUUAAAGUCGGCCCGAUUUACAUAAAAUUCUAUAACUGAAAACUGAAGAGUCGUUGCGGCGUCCCCCCAAAAAAAAGACCUACGAAUAUCAGAACAUCGGCAAAAAGUGAACUGUUUUUUCCAGAUAUUCUGUUCAAACAAAGAUUCUCGGAAUUAAAUGGAAAUUUAAAAAGAGCUUACAAGAAAAACUCUGCAAUUAAACAGUUUAAGCUCUUAAGACCCAUUUAAUUUAAAAUCAGAAAAAAUCAUUUCAAGGGAAACGGGAAAUGGAGGACGCUUUUAACCAUAUUUACUUAAAAUGCAAUCGGAAACUCAAUAACAAAAUUAUAAAUUUGUAUUUUUUAUAUCGUUUUUAUAAACACGUUAAUCAACAAUUGGAGUGCUUUCAUCAAUAAUUAACCAAAUGCAUUUAUUUUAUUAUUUCCCAAGUGCUUUAAACAGCAUACAUAAUACAGCAAAUGUACAAUAUUAAAGAGUUUACAAUUCACUAGCUUACUAUUCUUUAAAGUAAUAUUGUUAAAGAAAAUGUG